AUGUCUACCCAACCACUCCUUCAGACCGCGCCGGGCAAGCGCAUCGCGCUCCCCACUCGCGUCGAGCCCAAGGUCUUCUUCGCCAACGAGCGUACCUUCCUCUCAUGGCUCAACUUUACCGUCAUCCUCGGCGGCCUCGCAAUCGGCCUCCUUAACUUUGGCGACAAGAUUGGAAAAAUCUCCGCGGGCCUCUUCACCCUUGUUGCCAUGAUGGCCAUGAUUUACGCCCUCUUUACCUUCCACUGGCGCGCGAGGAGCAUAAGGAUGAGGGGCCAGGGCGGCUUCGAUGACAGGCUGGGUCCCACCGUCCUCACCAUCGCUCUGUUCGCUGCCGUCAUUGUCAACUUCGUCCUGAGGUUGACCAUGGGAAGCGAUGAGCACAGCAAGCACUAG